AUGUCAUUCAUCCCCCGCCAUGCCUUCCCGCAAAUCCCAUCGCUGCCCCGGUCCUACUUCCUGGGCCACCACAAAGCCGGCCUGGCGAAGAUGAAAUCCCUCCUCUCCUCCAUCGACCUAGUAAUCGAAUGCCGCGACUAUCGUGUCCCACUCACCUCGCGCAACCCUCUAUUCGAAGAUGCGCUGGAAGGGAAAGAGCGAGUUAUUGUUUAUACGAAGAGGGAUCUGGGCGGUGGCUCGCGCGAUAAUCGGAACGAAGAUGUCAUUGCGAAAUGGCAUCACCCUACUACGACAAUGUUUGUGCGGAACGGGAAAGAAGCAGAGGGCGAGAUUAGUGGAAGGAAGAGCGUGAUCAAGCUCCUGGAUAUCCUGCGCGAACAUGCGCAAAAGAGGUGGAAGCUAGUCGGCCACCGCGUCAUGGUAGUAGGCAUGCCCAACGUGGGUAAAUCCACGCUCCUCAACGCCCUGCGCGCCCAAGGAAUCGGUCGAGGCAAAGUCGCAGCCACCGGCGCACAACCGGGUGUAACGCGCAAAGUAAGCAGCAGCGGCGUGAAAAUCAUACCGAGCGAAGACGACAUGGAAGCAGCGGAGGCAGCGGCGAAGAAGAAGCUUCAGGGCGUUGGAGGAGGUGUAUAUUUACUCGAUACACCCGGUGUCUUCAUCCCGUAUGUCCCCGACGCAGAAGCCAUGAUGAAACUAGCACUCUGUGGCUCCGUCAAGGAUACCAUCAUUGCGCCCGUUAUGCUCGCAGAUUACCUGCUCUACCACCUGAACCUCCAGUCGCCGUCGCUAUACUCCGAAUACGCGUCGCCUACUAAUGACAUCAUCGGGCUCCUUACUGAGAUCGCGAAGAAGACUGGUAGAUUGGGCAAGGGCGGGGUCAUAGAUACAGAAGCGACGUCGUUGUGGAUGAUUCAGAAGUGGAGGCAAGGCAAUAUGGGACGCUUUCUGUUGGACGAGGUGGAUGAGAAGAGUUUGGUGAAGGCGAAGAUUGAUGAGGAGGGGCUUACGCCUAGCUUUAACCAGGCGAGGAAGGCGGAGCGGGAACGCAGGAGAGAGAGGAAUAAGGCGAGGGGGGAGAAGUAG